CAGUAGGUGCACAUCGGUGCACGUACGCGAGACGAAGUGACGGCACGCCGAAAUUGAAAGAAACGCAAGAGAGCGUCGAGCUACAAACGCGAGCCUAGUUUAAUGUCGCUUUAAUUUCUACGCUGUGUUUUCUCUCCGGUGAAAGCGAUAUCCCGGUGGUAUUCGAAAGCGUUGAUCAUCCAUCCCGUGGUUUUGGAGCAUGGCGUCUGACGAGGAGGUGGACGAGAGCUACGCGGGAGAAGAUGAUAUAGAAGAAACUGGAGGUCAAGUUUCAAAUGUUAAUCAGCAAGUUGAUGGUUCGUCUGACGCAGAAGAAUCUCAGAGACUAGAAGAAGAUGAUGAUUAUGAGCCAGAGGAGCGAAAAAAGAAGAAGGGGAAGAAACGUAAAGCCCGUAGUGAAGACAAGAAGGGAAAGAAGAAGAAAAAGAAGAAAAAAUCUGAUUCUGGAGACGAAAGUGAUUUUGGAGGUGGCGGUGAAGCAGGUGAUGUAGCUGGAGAGGAUAGUGACUAUGCUGGUAACAGAAAAAGUAGAAAAUCAUCGUCUAGGAAGUCAUCUAGCCACACUGCAUCAGCUCCUUCGAGUCAGGAACCCACAACAGGCAUGCCUACUAUAGAAGAAGUUUGUAAUACCUUUGGAUUGACUGAUGUACAGAUUGAAUAUACAGAUGCAGACUUCCAGAAUUUAACAACAUAUAAAUUAUUUCAACAACAUGUCAGACCACUUCUAGCAAAGGAGAAUCCUAAAGUUCCAAUGUCAAAACUUAUGAUGUUGGUAGCUGCUAAGUGGCGAGACUUUUCCGAAUUGAAUCCACAUACGCAGCCAGACGCGGAUGUGGCAUCCGCGAAUGUGGAUGAGGAUAGUAGAAAUUCAAGAGCGAAUCGCAGUGGAACGGUACAGGAAGGUGAAGACGAGGAGGACGAUGACGAAGAUAGCGAUAGGAAACGAAAAUCGAGAGGGUCCAGGGCGAAAAAAGGAAAAAAAGCUUCUAAAGUGCCAACGCUCAAAAUAAAACUUGGAAAACGUAAACGAGGAAGUUCGGAUGAGGAAGCAGAAGGUAGUGGCGCUGGUAGUGACAGAGAUUCCGAUAUGGAGUUUGAGCAAAUGUUGGCUGACGCAGAAGAGCCGCCCGGUGCAGAUGGAACAACUAAAGGGAAUGCUGAAGAAAAUGGAGUCGAGCCACCUGCAGAACCACCUAUUCGUAGGAAGGCAAAAACUAAAAUUGGAAACAAAACUAAAAAGAAGAAAAAGACGAAGACUACAUCGAAGUUUCCGGAUGGAGAGGAAGGUCUUCAGACUGACCAUCAGGAUUAUUGUGAAGUGUGUCAACAAGGUGGAGAAAUUAUAUUAUGUGACACCUGCCCUAGAGCGUACCACUUGGUAUGUCUAGAGCCGGAGUUGGAAGAAACGCCUGAAGGAAAAUGGAGUUGUCCUCACUGCGAAGGAGAAGGUAUUGCAGGCGCGGCUGAAGAUGACGACGAACAUAUGGAAUUCUGUAGAAUAUGUAAAGACGGUGGUGAAUUGCUAUGCUGCGAUAGCUGUACUAGCGCGUACCAUACGCAUUGUUUAAAUCCACCGCUCUCAGAGAUUCCUGAUGGCGACUGGAAGUGCCCUAGAUGUUCUUGUCCGCCUUUACGUGGAAAAGUUGCUAAGAUUUUAACAUGGAGGUGGAAGGAUUGCCCAGAAAUGCCAUCGGAAGAACCUUCUACAAGUAAGGCAGCUCCUAAGCAACGUAAGAUGCGCGAGUUCUUUGUAAAAUGGGCGGAUAUGUCGUAUUGGCAUUGUGACUGGAUUACAGAAUUACAGCUAGACGUUUUUCAUCCUCUUAUGUUCAGAAAUUAUUCACGAAAGUAUGAUAUGGAUGAACCUCCAAAAUUGGAGGAACCAUUAGACGAAAGCGAUUCCCGCGUCAAACGGUUAAAAGAGCAAGACGGUGCUACAAACAGAGAUGAAUAUAAUUUGGAAGAACGAUUCUAUCGUUAUGGAGUUCGGCCAGAAUGGCUAGUAGUACACCGAGUAAUUAAUCAUCGGUUAUCAAGAGACGGCAGAGCAACGUAUCUCGUUAAAUGGAGAGAAUUAGGAUACGAUCAAGCUACUUUGGAAGAUGAACACGAAGAUAUUCCGGGUCUGAAGCAGGCCAUCGAGUACUACUUGGAUCUCAGAGCAGCGAACUGUUGCGAUGGUAGUUCCUCUCGCAAGGGCAAGAAGGGUAAAGGCAAAAAAUCAAAAGCUCGUGAGCUCAUCGAUGAUGAAGAGAGGACACCUAAACGGUACACACCACCACCUGACAAGCCUACCACCGAUCUUAAGAAAAAGUAUGAGCGACAACCAGAUUACUUGGAUCAAACUGGAAUGCAAUUACAUCCUUACCAAUUAGAAGGUUUGAAUUGGUUGAGAUAUUCCUGGGGCCAAGGUAUAGACACGAUCUUAGCAGACGAGAUGGGUCUGGGAAAGACUAUUCAAACUAUCACUUUCCUGUACUCGUUGUACAAAGAAGGUCAUUGCAAAGGACCUUUUCUCGUUUCAGUCCCUUUAUCGACCAUUAUUAAUUGGGAGCGUGAAUUUGAAACAUGGGCACCUGACUUCUAUUGCGUCACUUAUGUCGGCGACAAGGAUAGUCGUAUCGUGAUACGAGAGAAUGAAUUGUCCUUUGAAGAGGGUGCUGUACGUGGUGGUCGAGCGUCGAAAAUCCGAUCGUCACAAAUCAAAUUCAACGUGCUGCUCACCAGUUACGAACUUAUUUCUAUUGACUCUGCAUGCUUGGGAUCAAUAGAUUGGGCCGUAUUAGUGGUAGACGAGGCGCACAGGCUGAAAUCUAAUCAGUCAAAAUUCUUUAGAUUAUUGGCUUCUUAUAACAUCGCAUAUAAGUUAUUGUUGACCGGUACUCCACUGCAGAAUAACUUGGAAGAACUCUUCCAUCUGUUAAACUUUUUGUGUCGUGACAAAUUCAAUGACUUGGCUGCGUUUCAAAAUGAGUUCGCCGACAUUUCAAAGGAGGAACAGGUAAAGAAAUUGCACGAGUUGCUCGGGCCUCACAUGUUGAGAAGAUUGAAGGCCGACGUAUUAAAAAAUAUGCCAAGUAAGUCGGAGUUCAUCGUUCGCGUCGAAUUGUCUCCCAUGCAAAAGAAAUAUUACAAGUACAUCUUGACAAGGAACUUCGAGGCGUUGAAUCCCAAGGGAGGUGGUCAACAAGUAUCGUUGUUAAAUAUCAUGAUGGAUCUUAAGAAGUGUUGCAAUCACCCUUACUUAUUCCCAGCUGCUUCCCAAGAGGCACCAACCGCGCCUAACGGAAGUUACGAAACAUCCGCGUUGAUUAAAGCAGCUGGAAAAUUGGUGCUUUUGAGCAAAAUGUUGAAGAGAUUGAGGGACGGUGGACACAGGGUGCUGAUUUUCUCUCAAAUGACGAAAAUGUUGGACAUUCUCGAGGAUUAUCUGGAAGGAGAGGGUUACAAGUAUGAAAGAAUCGACGGUAACAUAACAGGUGCGCAGCGACAAGAGGCUAUAGACAGAUUCAACGCGCCUGGUGCGCAGCAGUUUGUUUUCUUACUCUCUACUCGUGCCGGUGGUUUGGGUAUAAACUUGGCAACUGCCGACACUGUCAUCAUUUACGAUUCUGAUUGGAACCCGCACAACGACAUUCAAGCGUUUAGCAGAGCUCAUAGAAUCGGUCAGGCGAACAAGGUCAUGAUCUAUAGAUUCGUUACUCGUAACUCCGUCGAGGAACGAGUGACGCAAGUAGCGAAACGAAAAAUGAUGCUUACACAUUUGGUCGUUAGACCCGGAAUGGGUGGGAAAGGUGCUAAUUUCAGCAAACAGGAACUGGAUGACAUCUUACGAUUCGGUACCGAAGAAUUGUUCAAGGAGGAGGAAGGCAAAGAGGACGAAGCCAUUCAUUACGAUGACAAAGCUGUCGCUGAAUUGCUAGACAGAAGCAAGGAAGGUAUCGAACAGAAAGAGAAUUGGGCCAAUGAAUACUUAAGUUCCUUCAAAGUUGCGUCGUACGUGACAAAGGAAGGCGAAACUGAAGAAGAGGCAGAUACGGAAAUCAUAAAGCAAGAAGCUGAAAAUACGGAUCCUGCUUACUGGAUCAAAUUAUUGAGACACCAUUAUGAACAGCAGCAAGAAGAUAUUGCUAGAACUCUUGGAAAAGGUAAACGAGUACGUAAGCAAGUGAAUUACAAUGAUGGUGUAGUGACCGGGGAUCAGGGAACAAGAGACGAUCAGCCCUGGCAGGAGAACUUGUCGGAUUAUAAUAGUGAUUUCAGCGCACCGAGCGAUGACGACAAAGAGGAUGAUGAUUUUGAUGAGAAGGGCGACGGAGAUUUAUUAUCUCGUAGAAGUAGACGAAGAUUGGAGAGGAGAGACGAAAAGGAUCGACCUCUGCCACCGUUGCUUGCUCGAGUGAACGGAAACAUUGAAGUAUUGGGCUUUAACGCCAGACAAAGAAAAGCAUUCCUCAAUGCCAUUAUGCGUUACGGCAUGCCACCGCAGGAUGCGUUCAACUCUCAGUGGCUGGUUCGGGAUCUCCGGGGUAAAUCAGAGAAGAACUUCAAGGCAUACGUUUCAUUAUUCAUGCGACAUCUCUGCGAGCCAGGCGCCGACAACGCUGAGACGUUCGCGGAUGGUGUACCAAGAGAGGGUCUCAGUAGGCAACACGUCUUAACGAGAAUUGGUGUGAUGUCCUUAAUCAGGAAGAAGGUUCAAGAAUUCGAGCAUAUAAACGGAUAUUAUUCCAUGCCCGAGAUGAUCCGAAAACCGGUAGAACCUGUGAAACUUGAAAGCGGGGUCGACGGAGCAACUGGAACUAGCAGUACUAGUGCGACACCGGCUACCUCGAACGCGCCUAGUCCAAGUCCUGCUGCGACUCCAACACCAACUUCUGCCCUUGGUACCGCUACUAGCGAGAUCAGUAAAUCGAAUUCUGACGCGUCCGAAUUGAAGGAAUACAAAGAGGAACAGAAGGAUAAAGAGACUACUGACAGAAAGGAUGUUGUUAAAGAGGAACCGAAAGAUUCCAAAGAUGAAGAAGAGAGCAGUGUUGAAAAGGAUAAGGACAAGGAGAAUACUAAGAAAGAGGAGGACUCUGAGGCUGAAGGGAUAGAAAAAGAGAAAGAUAAGUUAGAUACAAAAGACGAAAAGUCGGCAAUGAAACAUGACGAUAAAAUUGAGAAUAAUGAAAAUAAACCUAAACCAGAAUCUGAGGAAGAUGUUGUUAUCGUUAAAGACGAUGAGGAAGACACUGAGAAACGAGAGGAUAAGGACAACAAGGACAAAGAUGUAAAGGACUGUGAUUCAGAAGUGAUAAAACCCAAACGUAAGUUCAUGUUCAACAUUGCCGAUGGUGGAUUCACGGAAUUACACACGUUAUGGUUAAACGAGGAGAAAGCCGCGGUACCUGGUCGUGAGUAUGAAAUAUGGCAUCGAAGACAUGAUUAUUGGCUGUUGGCUGGUAUUGUUACACACGGCUAUGGUCGCUGGCAGGACAUCCAGAAUGAUAUCAGGUUUGCGAUAAUAAACGAACCCUUCAAAAUGGAUGUGGGCAAGGGUAACUUCUUAGAAAUAAAAAAUAAAUUCUUGGCUCGACGCUUCAAACUGUUGGAACAGGCAUUAGUGAUAGAGGAGCAGUUGAGGAGAGCCGCGUACCUGAAUUUAACGCAGGACCCAAACCAUCCUGCGAUGAGCCUAAAUGCGAGAUUUGCUGAAGUUGAGUGCCUUGCCGAAUCGCAUCAACAUCUUAGUAAAGAGAGCCUUGCCGGCAAUAAGCCAGCGAAUGCUGUGUUGCAUAAGGUACUAAAUCAGUUAGAGGAGCUGCUGUCUGAUAUGAAGUCGGAUGUGAGCCGCUUACCAGCAACUCUAGCUCGCAUUCCACCUGUUGCUCAAAGACUUCAGAUGUCCGAGAGGUCGAUAUUAAGUCGAUUAGCAGCUACAGCACCGGGAGGUAGUAGUUCUCAGUCGGGUCAAGCGGCUUUGCUGGCACAACAGUUCCCCGCUGGCUUUUCCGGUGGACAGUUGCCAGCUACUUUCGCGGGUGCGGCCAAUUUUGGUAAUUUCAGACCGCAAUACUCAGUACCGGGUCAACCGCCGCAAGGAUUCACAGGUUCGUAA